AUGACAAUUGAGGUUGGACAACCUUCGUCCCAUAUCCCAGCUAAUCAUGAAAUCUCUGAUGAUGAAGAGCAGAGACAACCGAGAAUGAGGAGCCUGCAAGACUUGUAUGACUCAACUAACGAAGCACACUUGGCCCCUAGAGCCUGGAACACAAGAAUUGACAAUUACUUCAAGAAGGAUGGACUUGAACAAUGUCCGUAUGAACAUGCACUAUAUGUGAUUUUCUUGGGUAAUGAUGAAGGGAUGAUUCAAGAUUUUAAGAAGAAAAUGACGAAGGAGUUCGAGAUGACGAAUCUCGGUCUGAUGAGAUACUUUCUUGCUCUGGAGGUCAGACAAGACAAAUCUUGGAUCUUCGUCUCUCAGGAAGCCUAUGCAAAAGGAAUUUUAGAGAAGUUUAAAAUGAGUGAUUGCAACCCGGUUUCAACCCCCAUGGAACCCGGCGUUAAACUUUCAAGAUAUGAUGGAGGAGAAAAGGUAGAUCCGAGUGUUUAUCGUAGUCUAGUUGGAAGUCUGAGAUACUUGACAUGUACGAGACCGGAUCUAUGUCUGAGUGUUGGAAUAAUAAGCCGAUUUAUGGAAGAGCUGAGCUAUACUCACUGGAAGGCGACUAAGAGAAUUCUGAGAUAUGUGAAGGGAACAAUCUCACAAGGACUUCAUUACUCGAAGUCGGACAAAUACAAACUGACGGGUUAUUCAGACAGUGAUUGGUGCGGAGAUGUUGAUGAUAGGAAGAGCACGACUGGCUAUGUGUUCUUCAUGGGAAACACGGCGUUUACUUGGGUGUCGAAGAAGGAACCCAUUGUGACCCUGUCUACAUGUGAAGCCGAGUAUGUUGCGGCAUCUUGGUGUGUUUGCCAUGCAAUAUGA